AUGGGCUGCAAUCUGUGCACUUUACAGAAACGAGAGGAACACUAUAAGCUGCUGUAUGAGAUCGCACAGGUGAAUGGAAAGGACCUCUCCAAGGCCAGUCAUGACGAGGCAGUGGAGGCGUUCCGCUCUGCUAAGGACCCCAUUGUGGUGCAGGUCCUCAGGAGGAACACUGCUAGCCGCGGCGGCCAUGUUGGCUCCACUCAGGAAGUGGGCGUGGUGGACGUGGUGGACAUGUGCACGCAGACAGACAUCACCUUCGAACAUAUCAUGGCCCUGGCCAAGCUCCGAGCCACCACUCCUCCCGUGCCUGACAUCUGCCCCUUCCUGCUGUCUGACAGCUGUCACUCUCUCCACACCAUGGAACAGGAUUACUAUGAGGGGAGAGCUGAUGGAGGGAGGACAGAGGAGUUUGAGUAUGAGGAGGUGGAGCUGUGUCGACUGAACAGUCAGGAGAAGCUGGGCCUGACGUUGUGCUACAGGACAGACGAGGAGGAGGACAUGGCUAUCUAUGUCAGUGAGGUUGGGCCAAACAGCAUCGCUGCAAGGGACGGACGCAUCAGAGAAGGAGACCACAUUUUACAGAUCAAUGGUCAGGAUGUGCAGGACAGAGAGGAGGCUGUAGCUGUGCUCUCCAGUGAAGACACAAGGAACAUCAUACUGCUGGUCGCCAGGCCCGAGAUACAGCUAGAGGAGGCGUGGUUGGAUGAUGAACACAGUGAGUUCCUGGAGCAGUUGAAGAUGGAGAUGUUGGAGGAGCAGCAGAGAGAGGAGAUGGAGCUGGAAGCACUACAGGAGGAACAGGAGCAGCCCAGAGGAACAGAAGAGGAUGACAUCACUGCUACCUGUUCCUCCCUAACUCAGGACAAGGACAGUGAGUUGGGGAUGUCUGACCACAAUGCCCUUCUAACCCACAUCCAGAGACGACUGUCCCAGUGCCUGAGGGAUAGACAGGACACUGGGCAUCAUCGUCUGGAAGAAGAAGAGGAGGAAGAGGAGUUGGAGGUGGACGGUGACCGCUUCCAGCAGCUCCUGGAGCUGAAGUGUCAGAUCCGUAACAGCGGGGAGUACGACCUGUUCUACAGCAGACACAGCACCAUCGAGUGUAGUCUGGGAGAGCCGGCUGGCGGCGUGCAGCGUGAGCUCCGCAUGCUCAACGAGGAGCUCUGCAGCAUUGAGCUUGAGUGCCAGAACAUCAUGCAGGCCCACAAGCUCCGCAAGGGCCCGGGGGGGACCCAGAGAGACCAGGUGCAGCAGGUGUCUCCCAUAACCGGCCGCCCCGUGCCCAAGGACCAAAACUUCCUCCGAGGCAGCAGGGACUCGCCCAGCAGGGGCAAGCUGGCUGACAUCAACAAGCGCCAAGAGAAACCGGAGAAGUCAGACAAGGACAGCUCGAGCGCCUACAACACGGCAGAGAGCUCGCGCAGCACGCCGCUGGCCAUGGACCGCUCCCCCGAGCACUCCCUCCAGAGGAGGAUGGUCACCAUCACCAACCAGAGGAACCUCCGCAGUAGCCUGGCAAGCCUUCAUGCCACAGCCAGCCCCAGUCCUAGCCCCAGCCCAACACAACGCCCCAACCGCUACGAGUCGGACCAGACUGCCCCGGCAGACGAUGAAAGGAGCGGGAACGGGAAAGUGACGCCUCAGCAUCCUCCCAGGGCUUCCCAGAUCCCUUACCUCUCCCCGUCCCGUAGCUCCCAGCACCGCCAGCCCAACACCAACAUCCCGGCCCACGCUCGCCACUACCAGAGCUACAUGCAGCUGAUCCAGCAGCGCUCGGCCGUGGAGUACGCUCAGAGCCAGCUCAGCCUGCUCAGCGUGGUCAAGGAGCCCCAGUUGAUCCCCGCCAACGAGCCCAAGAUGGAGUGGAAGGUGAAGAUCCGUUCGGACGGCACGCGCUACAUCACAAAGAGACCCAUCAGGGACAAGAUCCUGCGGGAACGCGCCCUCAAGAUCAAGGAGGAGCGCAGCGGCGGGAUGACCACGGACGACGACGCUAUGUCUGAGAUGAAGAUGGGGCGGUACUGGAGUAAAGAGGAGAGGAAGCAGCAUCUGGUCAGGGCUAAAGAACAGCGGAGGAGGCGGGAGUUCAUGCAGCAGAGCAGGCUGGAGAGCCUGAGGGAGAGUCCUCAGAGCAGCAGCGAAGGACGCAAGGAGGUCAGCAUCAUCGAACUGAGCCACAGGAAGAUGAUGAAGAAGCGCAACAAGAAGAUCCUGGACAACUGGAUGACCAUUCAGGAACUGAUGACUCACGGGGCCAAAGCCCCUGAUGACCCCAGGGCCAAAGUACAUAAUGCCUUCCUAUCGGUCACCACUGUAUAA